CUCCUCCUCCUCCUCAGGCUCCGCCGUGCUGGAGAUCACGAACCCCGUCCUGAACCCAGACAGGACCGUCUCGCGCAUCCGGUCAGCCCGCCACCCGGGAGUGCGCGGCGCAGGGAGCGGCUGUGGAGCGCGCGGGGGAGCGCGCGCUGCCUCUGCUCACUUCUGCUGUAAACUUCUGUAAACUGGUGCAACGCGUGGCUGCUGGUUCCGCGCGGGAUAUUCUCGGGACUGCAUGACGCUCCUGCCCCCCCAACUCCCCCCCUCCUGCACCCCUGCCUGAACGGGACCCUCAGCUGGCCCACCUGAACCUCGGAUAGCCCUCACCUGAGCCCGGGGACAUGAUUUUAGACAAGCUGGCGCGAGCCCACCUCGCCCUGCGCUCCACGGCGUUGGUGAGGCAGGCCCACUCCUCUUUCUCCUCUUCUACUUCCUCCACCGCCUCUGUGCCUCCUCAGCCGGUUCCCCCCCUGGCCCAGACCCUGCAGAAGUACCUGAACGCCCUGGAGCCCCUCCUGCCACCCGAUGAGCUGAGACAUACCCGCAAGAUGGUGCAGCGCUUCAUCAGCCCUGGAGGUCUGGGGGAAAAGCUGCAGCAGGGGUUGGAGAGGAGAGCCAGACACUCCCACAACUGGAUAUCGGACUGGUGGGUGCAGUGGGCAUAUCUGGAGAGUCGUCAGCCGUUAGCGGUUCACUCCAACCCGGCGAUCUCCCUGCCCCGCCGAGACUUCACCGACUGGAGGGGGCAGCUAGUGUUUGCAGCGAAGCUGAUCGCCGCAGUGCUGGACUUCAGGGCCAGAGUGGACAGUGGGGGUCUGCCAGUAGAGUAUAUGAGAGGCAGGCCGUUGUGUAUGGAGUUAUAUCCUCGGCUCUUCUCCUCCUGCCGGAUUCCUGGACCUAAACAUGAUAAUGUGGUCCAUUAUGGCCGGCCCCGUCGUGGCCCCACCCACAUCACCGUCGUCCGCAACUACCAGUUCUUUCAGUUGGAUGUGUAUAACAGUGACGGGACUCCGCUGACUCAGAGUCAGAUUCACGCUCAGCUGUGUCGUAUUCGCUCUCAGUCCUGGAAGACUGAUAAAGAGCCGAUGGGGAUCCUGACCAGCGAACACCGCCACACCUGGGGCCAGGCCUACAACCGCCUGCUGCAAGACAGGAUUAAUAAAGACUCAGUGAGGCUGAUAGAGAAAGGCCUCUUCACGCUGUGCCUCGACUCUCCAGUUAUGAGAAUCUCGGACGAAAAGUAUGCAAGCCGUAUGGCUGCUCAGAUUCUGCAUGGAGGAGGAACUUAUUCCAACAGUGGGAACCGCUGGUUUGAUAAAACGUUACAGUUUGUGGUGGGUGAGGACGGUUCGUGGGGUCUCCUGUAUGAACAGGCCACGGCUGAAGGACCUCCUAUUGCCACACUGCUGGACCACAUUCUGCAGUUCUGUAAAAAGCCUGAUACGGUGAGAGCUCCUCUGGUUCCUCUGCCGAUGCCAAAGAAGCUCUACUUCUACAUCGACCCAGCGAUUAAAUGGGACAUAGAGAUGGCCAAACAGAAUCUGGACAUCCUCAUCAAUGACCUGGACAUCACCUGCUUCAACUUUCAGCGCUUUGGCAAAGAGUUCCCCAAGAAGCUCAGCUUCAGCCCCAACUCCUUCAUCCAGAUGGCCAUCCAGCUGGCUUACUACCGAGAACACAGUGAGGUGUGUGCAGCGUGCGACAUCGCCUCUCUCAGGAUGUUUCGGGGAGGACGCACCGACUACAUCCGCUCACCGACCAAUCAGAUGCUGAGCUUUAUUCAGGCCUUUGACAACCCCGCUGUCUCUAGAGAGGCCAAGAUUGAGCUGCUGCGAGAGGCUGUGGAGGCUUACAGUCAGCUCACAGAUCAGGCUCUUCAUGGGCAGGGUAUAGAUCGCCACCUGCUGGGCCUGAAGCUGCAGGCUAUAGAGGAGGGACUGAGCAUUCCCAGGAUGUUCAUGGACACGGCGUAUGGACUGGCCACGCACUGGAAACUCCGAACAGGACAGGUUCCCACCAAUACGGACAGCGUGAUGUGUUUCGGACCCCUGGUUCCGGACGGCUACGCGGUUUGCUACAACCCUCAGCCGGACCACGUCCACUUCUCCGUCACGGCCUUCAACUGCUGCGAGGACACCAACGCCGAGAAGCUGGCCGUCACGCUGGAGAGCACCCUGCAGGACCUUCAGGACUUACUGCAGCCUGCUGUGUAGCGCUGCUCUGAUCUCGUCUCUGACUGAUCUCGUAUCUGCAGAGCUUAAUGAACCUGUAAAACCUCUCUGAGAGCCUCCUUAUCGCUUCAUCUCGUCUCCAGGACCUUCAGGAGCACUCCACCUCAUGGAGAGUGGUCUGGAGUAUAAAAAGAAACGGCGUCCAUCCAGCACCAGCCUGUAUUAUCCUCUGUGUUAGAGGCUUUUGGAGUGAUAUAUAAUAAGAGCUCAGGAGUGAAACUCCUUUAUUUUGUUAAAAAACACGAUAAAUAAUGAUAAUAAGCAUUAUAAAAUGGGAAGGAAAUAAUAAAAAAAUAAAGCAAACCCAAAAAAUAAUGAUAAUUUCCCAUUUAAACAUGAAAAUUAUAGCUUAAAGUAGGAAAAGGACACAAUGUGUCUGUGCCCAGUUCCCUUUUUACUUAUAUCUUUACAUAUAUCUUCAUCUAAAUCUGGAAUAUAUCCAGUAAGAUGCAGAACAGCUUGGAAUAAGCCCUAGAUAUGACUUUUUCCUUAGUUCUUCAUGUCUUCUUCACAUUAUUUUUGUUUUCUUGAAGAGAAGCAUCAGACACUAGCCAAAAGCCAUGCUUCUGUGUUAAAGACACAGUAAAUAAUGAAUAAUAAGUAUAAAAAACAAGAAUUAAAUAAUAAAAAAUAAAGUAAAGCUGAAAAAUAUUGAUCAUUUCUCAUUGAAACUUGAACAUUGUAGCUAUAAGUAGGAAAGUGGCAAUUUGUUGGUGCCCAGUUGUUGGAAACUUGGCAAAUUCCUUUUUUACUUCUUAUACCUUCAUUUAAAUCUGGAAUUUAUCCAGUAACACGCAGAACAGCUUGAAAUAUGCCCUAGAUAUGACAUUUGUCUUCCUAUUAUUUGUGUUUUCUUGAAUAGAAUCUUCUCCAUAUUGGCUUGUGUUGUAUUAAAAGGGCUCUGGAGUGCAAAAAGAAGCAUCAGACACUAGCCAAAAACAAUGCUUCUGUGUUAAAGAUGCAAUAAAUAAUGAUUAUUAAGAAUAUUAAACAAGAAUUAUAUAAUAAAAAAUAAAUAAAAAAACAAAAAAUCUUGAUAAUUUCCUAUUAAAACUUAUAUAUUGUAGCUAAAAGUAGGAAAAUGACACUUUGACAAUUUGUCGGUGCCCAGUUGUUGGAAACUGGGUGAAUUCGCUUUUUACUUCCUAUAUCUUCAUCUAAAUCUGGAGUUUAGCCACUAAGAUGGGCAUCAGUCAUACAGUGAUGCUAAUCAAAGCUGAUUGGACUGCAGAGCAGCCUGAAAUGUGCCAUAGAUAUGACAUUUUUCCUUUGUUUUCAUGUUUUCUUCACAUUAUUUGUGAUUUCUUGAAAUGAAGCAUUAGACACUAGCUAAAAACCAUGUUUCUGUGUGAAAGACAAAAUAAAUAAUGAUAAUAUAAAUAAAAAAAAGAAUUAAAUAAUAAAAAUAAAGUAUACUCAAAAACUCUUAAUAAUUUCCUAUUAAAACUUGAAAUUCGUAGCUAAAAGUAGGAAAAUGACACAAUUUGUUGGUGCGCAGUUGUUAAAAAAAACUUGGCAAAUUCCUUUUUUCUUCAUAUAUCUUCAUCUAAACCUAGAAUUUAUCCAGUGAGAUGACCAGCAGGCAUACAGUGAUGCCCAACAAAGCUUAUUGGACUUCAGAACAGCUUGAAAUAUGCCCCAGAUAUUACUUUUUAGUAAGUUUUAUAGAACUUACUCUGUAUUGAACACAGUGCGAUUCUCCAUUGGAAUACUUUAGUGGUUCUCAUUUCUGGUCCUGGAGGAACCCCUGGCAUGCACAUUUUAGUGUUUUACCCUGCUUUCAACACAUCUAAUCCAGCAAAUCUGCUAAUUAAUAAGCCCUUCAUGAGUUAAAUGUGCAGCAUUGGAGCAACAAACAUCUACAAAAUUUACUUCUCAUGUUUAAGGUAAAUGGCUGUUCAGGUGCAGUUUAACCUGAUUUAUUAUCCAGAUGAUUACCAUGGGUAUUAACUGAUUAAGGCUGAGGUCUGUACGUUUUGGGAUUUAGGGCUCUCUCUGGUGAGAAUGGGUAAUUGCACUGAGCAUGCAGAAGAAUCCUCUUUUAGAGGCUUAAUGAAUAUAUUAGGCUUCGCAGGGAUGGUUGUUCUAGCCCACUGGUGCCAUUAAACACAAUAUUUUAUCCCUUCUCUACUCAAAAAUGCUUCUGCUUUCAGUUUAGAAACUAAGCAUUACGGACUGCAACUUUAAGUAAUGUAUCUCUGCUGUUGCUUCAUGUUUUAGAACUGAAUUCCAUAAGUGCAGAACUUGCUACUCACACCCACAAAACUCCCUUUUUUGAACAAUUCUCAUUAAAAACUACAUUUGAACUACGUUUGAAAGCACGGAAGCAUCUCUGCUGUUGCUUUAUGGUAACUUGUUGUAGAACUCACACCUACGAAACUCCAUUUUUUGAACAAUUCCCAUUUAAAACUAUGUUUAAAAGCACAGCAGCAUUUCUGCAUUCAAUGUUGAAGCAGCUUCACACUGUAAAACUAAAAGAGCUGGUCUGGAACAUAGGAUCCUCUUCCUGUAUUUACUUUCUUUCUCUUAUCACAGACAGCACUGACCAAUCAGUGGAGACAUUGUGAUCACAUGGUGUGUUGGGGUUGCGUUUAGGUUUUUGCCUGUGUGAAAACAAACCAAACCGAGAGGAAAAAUGCUUGUUUAUAUGAUUUGCACCAGAGAAACCAACCUCUUAAAAUAUGCCAGAUAGGAGAUCCAGCAAAACCACUACCAUACAGAUCCAGUAUAACCAACCUGUAUCGUAUUACGCAUUACCGUACAGCAUUAAUGGGAAAAUAAACCUCAGGGCUUGGAAAUGGA